AUGGCUUUCAAGUUUGUCCUUACCGUGUGCGCUGCCCUCUUGGCUGUGGCCAAUGCUGGAUUUGUUUCGCCUGUGACUUAUGCUGCCGCCCAUUACUCCAAGUCUGUGCAAACUCCAUACUCUAGCGUACACAAGGUAGACACCCGCAUCAACAACAAUGUCUACACUCCAGCUGUGGCCAAGACUGUGUCCUAUGCUGCUCCUGCUUACCAAACUUAUGCUGCUCCCGCUGUUGCCAAGACCGUCUCCUAUUCUGCCCCCGCUGUCCAAACCUAUGCCGCUCCUGCUGUUCACACCUAUGCUGCACCCGCUGUCCAAACUUAUGCCGCUCCCGCUGUCCACACUUAUGCUGCGCCCGCUGUUCAAACCUAUGCUGCUCCUGUAGUUAAGCAAGCCAUUACCUACUCUCCUGCUGCCACCGUUGCCCAUGUUUCAUUCGAUGGCUUCGGUGCUCACUGGGGUUACUAG